AUGGCGGAAACAACACAGGGUGUUAGCAAGCAGGUUCAGAGCAAUGUAGAGCCAGCGGUCCUGUCCCAGCCACGCAUCACGGAAGGCCCUUCGACCCUCGACGAAAGUGACUUUGUGACGGUCACAGAGGAUCGUGAGCUUAGACGAGGCCUUCAUCAACGGCACGUGUCUCUGAUCGCUAUCGCUGGAGCUAUCGGAACGGGCCUCUUCCUGGGACUCGGGGGCUCCAUCCAGACUGCUGGUCCCCUAGGAGCGCUGCUGGGCUAUGCGACUAUUGGUGCAGUUGUUUGCGCGGUGCAAUUUGCCCUGGGCGAGGUGACUGCUCUUUUGCCCGUUACCGGCUCGUUCGUUCGACAUGCCGAACUUUUGAUCGAUCCUGCCUUUGGCUUUGCAAUCGGCUAUAACCUGGUGUACGGCAAUUGCCUCUCCAUUCCGACGGAAAUCACGGCGAUCUGCGUUCUCUUCCAGUACUGGACAGAUGUCAAUCCUUCGGUCUGGAUUGUUAUAUUCAUUGCGCUUACCCUUAUCGUCGGCUUGUCUUUUAUCGGUAUUUAUGGCGAGGUCGAGUUCUGGUUCGCUCUGCUCAAGAUCCUGUUCAUCGUCUUCCUGAUUCUGCUCGGUUUGGUCAUCGACCUCGGUGGAGUUUCAGGCACGCCUCGUAUCGGCUUCAGAUACUGGAAGCAUCCCGGCCCAUUCGUCGAGUACAUAGCCACCGGCUCUUGGGGCAACUUCCUCGGCUAUUGGGCCGUCAUGAGCAACGCAGUCUUCAGCUUCGCGGGAACUGAGAGUAUUGCUAUGGCGGCAGCCGAGACCCGGAAUCCACGUGUGGCAAUUCCGAAGGCAUGUAAGCGAGUCUUCAUCCGUGUUGCAACGUUUUACAUCCUGGCUGUACUCAUUGUAGGCAUGCUUGUGCCGAGCAACGAUCCGAGACUUGAUGAUGAGUCCGGCACUGCUGCGCAGAGCCCAUUUGUCAUCGCAGCCAGCGCAGCGGGCCUCAAAGGCGUUCCAUCACUAGUGAACGCCAUCGUGAUCACCUCGGCGUGGUCCAGCUCCAAUCAAGCCUUGCUUUCUGGUACCCGUGUCUUGUACGGCCUUGCGCUGAAAACCCAGGCGCCUAAAGUGUUUCUGCGCACUACACCCUGGGGUGUCCCAUACGUUUGCGUGCUGUUCUUCGGGGCUUUCAUGUUCCUUGCUUUCAUGAGCCUAUCGGACAGUGCGCUGACUGUAUUCUGGUGGCUCGUUGACUUAACGGCAUGCGGUGUGCUAAUAUCGUGGAUCACGGUGCUGUUGAACCAUUUCCGGCUGCUACAGGCUAUGAAGGCACAAGGGUUGGAGUUGAAGAUGCUCCCCUGGCACUCAAGAUGGACUGAGGUUUCGACACCUGCGGCACUGUUCUUGUGCGUUGUGAUUCUUCUCACUGCUGGAUUUCCCGUCUUUACCAGAGGGAAUUGGUCGGCCAGUGGAUUCAUCUCGUCAUAUUUGGAUAUACCUCUUGUGAUCACGGCAUAUCUUGUGUGGAAGAUAAAUAAGCGGACUAAGGUUGUGAAACUCUCAGAGAUUCCUCUUGAAGAGGCUCUUUCACGGGCAGCCGAAGAUAUAGAGCCAGAAACUAAAACACCACGAUGGCGACAGAUAGUAGGGUUUCUUUGGGACUGA